AAAGAAACCGCAUAUUCCCUUAAAGUACAAACUGUUUCUCAACAUUGUUCAUUGUUUAUGAGCUUAAAAUGUUUCAAAUGAAUUAAAAUGAAAUACCUUUUUUUCUUCUGCUGUAGGUGGUUUGGGAGGGGUUUCCAAGGCAGUGACCUCUGGCCUCACGGCCUUGACUGGAGUGACAUUCACUGAACCUCCUGCCACUCCUGCUGGAACAGAGUCAGCGGAGCCUGGCAGCAGCGGCCGAACCCGCAGCCUCCCAGAAACCAGCAACAGCAUUACACUGGACCCACGAAACCCACUGUACAUGGACUCUCCUCCUCCUCUUACACCUCCUCUUCCUCCUCCACCUCCUCCCCAUGUAGACUGCCCUGACCUCCCUCCUCUGUCACCUCUAGUCCUGCCUCCACCACUGCCGUCAUCCAAACAUUCCACUACCUUCAGUCCUCCUCUUCACUCAACGCUGCCUCUCGCAGAGAGCCCGCAACGUCCAAGCACUCUCAACCUGAGGACACUGCCUCGUCCAGGCAUCAGGGAGAAUGGGGGGCCACCGCCGGGAGUGGAGGAGGAGGAGGAGGAGAGGAAGUUGCUGGAGGAGGAUUUGAAGAAAUGCAUUGACGACUUCAAGAAGAUCCGCUUGCCGUCUGUGUUUCCGGAUCGCAAGAGGCAUUGGCAAAGUGACUUGCUCAAGAAGUACAACGCAUAGAGUACUUCACAUAAAUUCAGGAAGCGCUGACACAAACUUUCUGAAGAUUUUCAGCAAGUUUACUUUAACUUGUGAUAUAUAGCUUUUGCAUGUAAACUGAUUUUUUUUGAUGAAUUGCAGUGUUUAGGCAGAGCUCCUCUAGCAAUUUCAUAGUUACACAAUCAAAACAGAGAUCUGCCAUGUUCCCAUCAUAGGAAAAACUCCUCUGUAGAGAUUAUUAGUAACACAUCUUUGUUCCACACAACUAUUUGGAGACAUCAAAAGUAUUGAUCAACCACUUUCUUUUAAAUCAAUGAAGGAAAGUACGUGUGAUGUUUUAAAUAAGAGAUCUGUUCUGCUUUGUAUUCUCUCCACUGAUCAGCCUUCUGGAAAAUGUUAGCUAAUUAUCAAAUUGUAGGCAUUUGACCUUGCUGAUGCAAAA